AUGGAGUCUCCUUGGAUGCCGUCAUCCAAGAAGUUGGACCAAUUUGCCGGCAUGAUUACCGAUCGAGAUCGAAUCCCGUUGUUCGAUCGUGGGAAGAUUUGCCCACCUAAUUCCAGCACGGAAACUAUCCGGGCUGAGGAAGAAUUCUUCACCGAUGCGUUUUUCAAACAUCGGUGGUACAAAUGCAGCCGUGUUCGAGACGGAAAGGCCUUGGUGCAAGGAUGGAAUGCCCUCAUCCAUAACAUCGAGCGCAUUGGCCGUGAGGCCUGGCUCGGUAAACUUGAUGCAGCUCGCAUCAUAUUUGAUAAGCGCAACCCAGUCGGGGCGCGAUACAAGUUGCACCGGCUGUCAAGAGAGGCAGGAUUACCCUGUCUCUCGUGGGGUGAUUCGUGUCCAGGCUGCCUCGACAAUGCGAAUCGUUCCCCUAGGGAGAACUACCUCCCUAAUGAUCCCUACUGGAGGGCGCGCAUCUCUUCCGAUUUGGCCGAAGGGAUUGACACUUUGCAAUCCCUGUACUCGCGUUCGGUGAGGUAUUUUUCCGACGGCCAUUCUUCGAACGCAGCGGAUGAGUCUCUUCAUAUUGCUCGACGAGACUCAGGACAUCAACAAUCAGCUGGGCACGAGGCUCCCAGCUGUCUCACGCCGGUGGAUAGCCACGCCAGCGGACGAGGUAACUCGUCCGGACGCCAUUCACGUCGCGGUGGUUCCAAUACGCUCCACCAGAAAGCAUUGACCACCGCUUGA